UCCAGGCCCAUCACUCCACCCAUGUCCAGCUUCCUGGGGGAUCCUCCCGCCUCCCGCUCCUCCCGCCCACACUGCAGGUCGAUGACCCCACUUGGGAAACACUAGGCUUGCUCAUAUAAGGAGCCCAGGCGCUGCCAGUGUGCUCAGCGAUGGCGUCUGCUCGGUGGCCCUGCCUCAUCUUGGCUCUGCUCUCCGGUGUGGCGGUCUCUGGCUUCCCUAGAAGAUUAUGCCGGCUACUCGGGAAACGGAGCCUCCCGGAAGGGGUGGUCGAUGGCAUCGAAGUCUACAGCACCAAAGUCCACUGCAAGGUGACCUCCCGCUUCGCUCACAGUGUCGUCACCACCGGGGCCGUCAACCACGCAGACACUGCCAAGGAGGUUUCUUUCGAUGUGGAGCUGCCCAAGACAGCCUUCAUCACCAACUUCACCUUGACCAUUGAUGGUGUUACCUACCCUGGGAGUGUCAAAGAGAAGGAAGUUGCCAAGAAGCAGUAUGAAAAGGCCGUGUCCCAGGGCAAGACAGCUGGCUUGGUCAAGGCCUCUGGGAGGAAGCUGGAGAAAUUCACGGUCUCAGUCAAUGUGGCUGCAGGCAGCAAGGUCACCUUUGAGCUAACCUACGAGGAGCUGCUGAAGAGGCACAAUGGCAAGUACGAGAUGUACCUCAAGGUCCAGCCCAAGCAACUGGUCAAGCACUUUGAGAUCACAGCAGACAUCUUCGAGCCCCAGGGCAUCAGUAUGCUGGAUGCUGAAGCCUCAUUCAUCACCAAUGACCUCUUGAGCAGCGCCCUCACCAAGUCCUUCUCAGGGAAAAAGGGCCACGUGUCCUUCAAGCCCAGCUUGGAUCAACAACGUUCAUGCCCAACCUGUAAGGACUCCCUCCUCAAAGGAGAUUUUAUCAUCACCUAUGACGUGAACAGAGAGUCUCCAGCCAACGUGCAGAUCGUCAAUGGCUACUUCGUGCACUUCUUUGCACCUCAAGGCCUUCCGGUGGUGCCCAAGAACGUGAUUUUUGUGAUUGACGUGAGUGGCUCCAUGCACGGUCGGAAAAUGAAGCAGACAAAGGAUGCCCUCCUCAAAAUUCUGGAGGAUGUGAAAGAGGAUGACUACCUGAAUUUCAUCCUGUUCAGUGGAGGUGUGACCACUUGGAAAGAUACUUUAGUUCAAGCCACUCCUGAGAACAUCCAGGAGGCCAGGAAAUUUGUGAUGAAUAUUCGUGAUCAAGGAAUGACCAACAUCAACGACGCGCUGCUGAGGGGCAUCAGCAUGCUGAACAAGGCCCGGGAGGAGUACAGAGUCCCGGAGAGGAGCACCUCCAUCGUCAUCAUGUUGACCGACGGGGACGCCAAUGUGGGUGAAAGCAGACCUGAAAAAAUCCAAGAGAAUGUGCGGAACGCCAUUGGUAGCAAGUUCCCCUUAUAUAACCUGGGCUUUGGCAACAAUCUGAAUUAUAACUUCCUGGAGCGUAUGGCCCUGGAGAACCAUGGGCUUGCCCGCCGCAUUUAUGAGGAUUCCGAUGCCAACUUGCAGUUGCAGGGCUUCUAUGAGGAGGUGGCCAACCCGCUGCUGACAGAUGUGGAGGUGGAGUACCCUAAGAAUGCCAUCCUAGACCUCACCCAGAACAGUUACCAGCACUUCUACGACGGCUCUGAGAUUGUGGUGGCUGGGCGCCUGGCAGCUGAGGACAUGAACAGCUUUAAGGCGGACGUGAAGGGCCACGGGGCCAUCAACGACCUGACAUUCACUGAGGAGGUGGACGUGAAGGAGAUGGAGAAGGCCCUGAAGGAGCGGGACUACAUUUUUGGGAACUACAUUGAGCGGCUCUGGGCCUACCUCACUAUCGAGCAGCUGCUGGAGAGACGCAAGAAUGCCCAUGGCGAGGAGAAGGAGAACCUCACAGCCCAGGCCUUGGACCUGUCCCUCAAGUACCACUUCGUGACUCCACUGACCUCCAUGGUGGUGACCAAGCCUGAGGACAACGAGAAUAAGACAGCCAUUGCCGACAAGCCCGGGGAAGGGCCUGUGGAUGCAGAAGUGAUCCCCUCCAUGGCUUACCUGACCAACUCCCAGCCUCCCCAGACACCCUACUACGUGGAUGGGGACCCCCACUUCAUCAUCCAAGUUCCAGAGAAGGAUGAUGCCAUCUGCUUCAACAUCGACGAAGACCCAGGCACAGUGCUGCGCCUCAUUCAGGACCCUGUCACAGGCCUCACAGUUAAUGGGCAGAUCAUUGGUGAGAAGAGAAGCAGCCUGGACUCCCAGACCAGAAAGACUUACUUUGGCAAGCUGGGCAUUGCCAAUGCUCAGAUGGACUUCCAGAUUGAGGUGACACCAGAGACGAUCACCCUGUGGCAUGGGGCUGCACAGAGCACGUUCAGCUGGCUGGACACAGUCAUGAUCACACAGGAUGGGCUGUCUGUGACGAUCAACAGGAAGAAGAACAUGGUGGUCUCCUUUGGAGAUGGGGUUACUUUUGUGGUUGUCUUGCAUCAGGUGUGGAAGAAACAACCCAUCCACCAUGACUUCCUGGGCUUCUAUGUGGUCGACAGUCAUCGGAUGUCAGCACAGACACAUGGGCUGCUGGGACAAUUCUUCCACCCCUUUGACUUUAAAGUGUCUGACGUCCACCCAGGCUCUGACCCCACAAAGCCAGAUGCCACAAUGGUGGUGAAGAACCACCGGCUGACGGUUACCAGGGGCUCCCAGAAGGACUACAGGAAGGACGUCAGCGUUGGCACAAAUGUUGCCUGCUGGUUCGUCCACAACAAUGGGCAAGGGCUGAUUGAUGGCGUCCACAGCGACUACAUUGUCCCCAACCUGUUCUGAGUGGAAAUGCCAGCUCCUACUGAGACCGCUGGCAGGGCUUGCCUGGCAUCUGGAACAGAGGCACAGAGUGGGGCCUGAUGGAGGGCUGUGACAGU